AUGAUGAAGCUUCCUCCUAGUUAUAGGGAUCCGAAGAUUUUCAACAACAAAUAUAUUAUCAAAUAAUAGAUCUCAUCAGGUUCAUUCGGUAUAGUGUAUUUGGCAUUUGACAAGCACACAAGAGAGGAAGUGGCUGUAAAAAUAGAAAAAGAAGAAAAUGAAGAUGUUAGUUCUCUAGAUAGAGAAAUAUCUAUCCUUAAUCGUUUGAAUGGAGUACCUGGAACACCUAAACUUUAUUGGAGUGGAUUUGAGUAAGACUAUAAUGUCAUUGUAAUACAAAUUUUGGGCAAGGACUUAAGUCAAUAUAUAAAGCCAUAUAAGAAGUUUAGUUUGAAGAGUGUAUUACAAAUUUCAUAUCAAUUGUUAACUACAUUGCAGUAAGUACAUGAAAGGGGUGUAAUCCAUAGAGAUUUUAAACCAGAAAACAUUUUGACAGGAUAUUAACAAGAGAAUGGCACUAUUUAUUUGGUGGAUUAUGGGGUGUCAAAAGUCUAUUUAGAUAAUCAUGGCAAGCACAUGUACUGAAUUUACCUAAGGCAAAGCCCACUAAAAGACAAGAAAUCCUUUAUAGGGACAACAAGAUAUGCAUCGAUAGCAGCACAUAGAGGUUACGAAUUAGGAAGAAAAGAUGAUGUAGAAUCAAUGUUUUAUGUUAUGAUAUAUCUCUUAAAAGGGUAGAGAGAACUUUCUUUAUAUUAGUAAAUUGCCUUGGUAAAAUUUACAAAAUAUUGGAGAUAGAGAUCGAACCGAUGUAGUAGGUGAAGUCAAGUAGAAGACAGAAGUAUCAGAAUUAUGUAAAGAUGUUCCAUCUGAAUUUGCUGAAAUUUUUAAGUAUUCUUAUACAUAUCAACUAGUUAUUUAAAAAAAUUAGAAUUCAAAUCUGAACCAGAUUAUAAAUACAUGUUAUCUCUUUUAUUAAAGGCAGCCUCUAAUAAUCAUAUAGUUCUAGAUAAGUUAUUCGAAUGGACAGAUCGUCAAACAAAAAUAAAAGAUCAAAUGAUUUGGGCUUUAUCUGAAGACAAAUAAAAAUUACCACAAAUGAAUAGUUCGUAAUAAAUUAUGGGUUCCAAUAAUCUUCUAAAACCUCCUGAAGCUAUGAGAGCUACAGGAGGUACUCCUAUAAGAAUGGAAUCUAAACAUCUUACAAGUACAUCAAUUUAAGGUUCUCUAUCUUCUAUGAUGAUUAAAUAUAUUCCAUCUUAAGUAGAAAACACUAGUUUAUGUAAUCAAGAUGAUAAACGUUCUAAAAGUAAGAAAAGUAAACGUAGUAGAAAGAGUGCUAAAUCAUCUAAACGUUAAUCAGUCAUAUUUCAUAGUGGAGUAUAAAUUAUUGAACCUAAAGAUUAACUUAGAGUAAUUAAAUAUUUAUAUUUAUAGAGACAUAAAACAAUUGAUUCAACUUGGGGAUUUUAAUAAUGCAUGAAUGAAUUUAGUGGAGAUGAGGAUUCAUAAAAGUUAUCCAAAAAGUAUAAUCAAUUAUAGGCUUACAGUAUUCAUCCCAAGAAAUUACCCAAAAAUACUUCUAAAUUAUGAUAUUAUUUAAAAUAUGUGGUAUGCUUAAAUACUCAACUCACUUGAAGUUGAUGACUUCUCAGAAGAGCUGCUCCAAGACAUAACCAAUCAUCUUCAAUCCAUAUCUGUAACUGAUUUCUCUAAGGGAUAUUAAAUCAUUGUUACAGAACUAGCAGAUAUGGGAUAUGAAUUUAUGUCUAAGAAUUAAUUACCAAGCACUCAAUUAAUAAUUUAAUAUCUAUAGCUAUGGAAUCAAGAAGUAUGCACCUUCUCCAACUUAUGGGUUUUAUAGAAUCUAGAGAUUGCUUACCAAAUUAAGAUUAAUCGUAUCACAUAAGCAAGAGCUCGUCUACUGGCAUUAAUUGAUGAAUAAUAAUAUUAUAGCAUAGGAGGAACAGUGUCUUAAAUUUAUGAAUCUGCUUUAUCUCUUUAUCACUUUUGUACUAUAGAUAAUUAGGGCAAACAAUAAGCAUUAUAAGCAAUUCUGAAACUGUAACAACUUAUAAUUAAGUCUUUGGAACCCAAGUUAGAUAAAAAGGUACAUCUAUUAAUGGCAAAAUUAUAUGAAAGAAUGGCUCAAUUAGAAAAGGGAGCUUAUGAAUCAAAUCAAUUCUGCAUUUAAGCUUAUAAAGUAGCUAGUCAAGUUCUUACUCCAGAUGAUUCCUUAUUACAAUAUUAUGAAUCACAUAUUCAAAUAGACAAUUAGUAAUCACAAAUUCCUAAACCAUUAUCAAUUACUCAUUUAUAAGAGAACACAGUUUUAUUAGAAGAGAGAGAUGUGGUAAUUAGUGAUUAAGCAGGUUCAAUGAGAGUUACCUAUAAUCAUAAAGCUAAAGAGCUUACGAUAUUGUUUUUAAAUCUGAGAUGCAUAUUUAAUUUAUCAGAUAUUGAGAAUGAAAUUACAAUAUACAAUUUAUAAAGUCUACCUGUCUUUUUAAAUGAAUUUGUAAAUGUGGUAAGUUAAUAAUUGAUUCUUGAAGAAACAUUAAUAAUGUCAACUAAUAUUGUAGGAUUGGAAUCAUUUGAAAAAUAAGUUCAAAUUACACAAAAAACAAGAGGACAUUAUUUUGCCUACUUCACAGAAUAAGUACUAGAUUAUAUGGAUGAUGAAUCAGUACAACCACUAUUGAUCUAAUGA